GUGAGCCGGAAUCGGGAAUGGGGGCUGGGCUGUGGCGCAGGCUGGAGAGCAGCCAGCUGCAAUAAAUCACUCUGACCAAGAGGUCAUGAGUUCGAGGCCAGCCCGUGGCGGGGUGAGCACCCGACCAUUCAAAAUUAAAAAUAGCCCCUGCUCGUUGCUGACCUAGCAACCCGAAAGAUGGUUGCAUCUAUCAAGUAGGAAAUUAAGGUACCACUUAUAUGUGGGGAGGCCAAUUUAACUAAUUGGCCAGGGGGUUGGACUGGACGGCCCCUGAGGUCAUCUCUACUCUUCUAGGAUUCUUUGAUUCUAAGCCGAGGCCGCCGAGCCUUUGCCUGCCUUCCCGCCUUCCCCUUCGGCAGAGGAGGGGGCGGGGGCGGGGGGAGGAAAACGAGGCAUCCCCGAAAAUAAGGCCUCGCCUGUCUCUGGAACAAAAAUUAAUAUAAGAAAUCCAGGCGGGCCACCCCGUCCAGCCCCCUGCCCCUCCCUCUCUCUCUCUCUCUCUCUCUCUCUCUUUUUGGGGCGCCUGCCCGCGGCCGCCAUCUUUGGGCCAGGCGGAAGUCGAGCGAGGCGGAGGCCUCGGUUCCCUAGAGAGGCGGAGGAGGACGUUCAAGCGGGGAGGCUUCCCCCUGAGCUCACUUCCGGAGGAGGAGGGGGAGGCGGGAAAGGCAAGGCCGUAAUGGCGGCGGGAAGGAGAGGCCUUUCUGGGGAGAGAGGAGGACGGCGCCGGAGGACGAGGACGAGGAGGAGGAAGAGCAGCGAGCGAGGCAAUCCCACUGCAGGCUCAUUGGGUGGAUACCGAUCACUCUGGGACUGACACGCAACUGGCAGAGGGAGAGAGAGCCCCGAAGGACUGUGAGAGAGAGGACCACCCAGGACCAUCUGGCUGGCGACCAGGCAGCCCCUGGGGGGAGCAGCGAAUCAGCCUGGCCAAGAGGGAAAUGUGGAGAUCACCCCUUGGAAGCAGUGAGGAAACCAAUAAUAUAGAAAAAAGAAAUCCUCUCAAAGUGAUAAUCUUCACAGGCAAGAAAUAAAAAAACAAGAGUCAAGUCUCUGUACUGUAAUUAAACACCCAUAUCAUUGCUGACAUGAAGCAGAAAACAUCAAAAUGCCUGGAGUGUGGAAAGAGCUUCACUGGCAGCAGAGGUUUACAUUUACAUCAAAGAACUCACACUGGGGUGAAACCCUAUACAUGCCUGGAAUGUGGACAGAGCUUCACUCGUAGUUCAAGCCUACAUAGUCAUCAAAGGACUCACACUGGGGAGAAACCCUAUACAUGCCUGGUGUGUGGACAGAGUUUCACUCAUAGUUCAAGUCUACAUUCACAUCAAAGGACUCACACUGGAGAGAAACCCUAUGAAUGUCUGGAGUGUGGAAAGAGUUUCAUUCAGUGUGGAAAUCUACAGAGACAUAAAAGGACUCACACUGGAGAGAAACCCUAUAAAUGUCUGGAGUGUGGACAGAGCUUUAUUGAUAGUAGAGUUCUACGUUCGCAUCAAUGGAUUCACACUGGAGUGAAACCCUAUACAUGCCUGGAGUGUGGACAGAGCUUCACUUGGUGUCAAAGUCUACGUUUACAUCAAAAGACUCACACUGGGGAGAAACCCUAUAAAUGCUUGGUGUGUGGAAAGGGCUUCAGUCGGCGUGCAACUCUACAUUCGCAUCAAAGGAUUCAUACUGGGGAGAAACCAUAUACAUGCCUGGAGUGUGGAAAGGGCUUCAGUCGGCGUACAAAUCUACAUUCGCAUCAAAGGAUUCAUACUGGGGAGAAGCCCUAUACAUGCCUGGAGUGUGGAGAGAGCUUCACUUGGAGUCAUAGUCUACGUUUACAUCAACUGACUCACACUGGAGAAAACCCCUAUGAAUGCCUGGUGUGUGGAAAGGGCUUCAGUCGGCGUGCAACUCUACAUUCGCAUCAAAGGACUCACACUGGGGAGAAACCCUAUACAUGCCUGGAGUGUGGGAAGAGUUACAGUCAGCAUGCAAAUCUACAUUCGCAUCAAAGGACUCACACUGGGGAGAAACCCUAUACUUGCCUAGAGUGUGGGAAGAGUUUCAGUCAGUGGGGAAAUCUACAUUCACAUCAAAGGACUCACACUGGAGUGAAACCCUAUAAAUGUCUGGAAUGUGGACAGACCUUUGCUCAUAGUACAAGUCUACGUUCCCAUCAAUCAGUUCACACUGGAGUGAAACCGUAUACAUGCCUGGAGUGUGGAAAGAGCUUCACUCAGAGUGCCAAUCUACAUUUGCAUCAAAGGACUCAUACUGGGGAGAAACCCUAUGAAUGCCUGGAGUGUGGAAAAAGCUUCACUCAGCGUUAUAAUCUACAUACACAUAAAAGAACUCACACUGGAGAGAAACCCUAUAAAUGUCUGGAAUGUGGAAAAAGCUUCACUCAUCGUGCAUAUCUACAUUCGCAUCAAAGGACUCACACUGGGAAGAAAAAUUAUAAAUCUCUGGAAUGUAGAAAGAGCUUCACUGUCAGUGGAAAUCUACAUUCGCAUCAAAGGACUCACACUGGGGAAUAACCCUAUUAAUGCCUGGAGUGUGGAAAUAGCUUCACUUAUAUCACAUCAAAGGACUCACAUGAGAGAGAAACACUAUAAGCACAUGGCAUGUGGAGACUUGAAAUUGUCAUAGACAGAGAUUUCACAUUGGAGAAAACAGUGGUAUUUGACCCCAUAAAUACUGCAAGAGAGAGCUUUCCAAACUUUUCAUGUUGGUGGCACACUUUUUAGACUUGGUUUGGGACCCGCCUACCUUUGUGACCGCAUCUCCCGCUAUGAACCCACUCGUCCUCUUCGUUCAUCCGAUAGGGCCCUUCUUUCGCUCCCGCCACCAUCCCAGGCUCGGUUGGCGGGGACGAGGGAGCAGGCCUUCUCUAUUGUUGCUCCCCGGAUCUGGAGUUCCCUUCCGGAGGAGAUCCGGCAAGCACCCACCCUGGCUUCCUUCAAAAGGCUGCUUAAAACCUGGCUCUUCUGCUGCGCCUUUGGAUAACCGAGCCUAUAGCUAUAGUAGUUGCACAGGCCAUCUCUUUGACUUGAAACAUUGCACUAUAUUCCUCUGCCCGAAAUCAUCUUAGAAUAUAACUGUAUUUUAGUUCUAGUGGUCCCUCCAGGCCAUCCUCUCCUCCAUCCCAGUGGUCUUUUUUCUUUUUUCUUUGCAGAUUCAUGUUAUUUGAGUGAUUAUAUUCCUUCUGCUUAUGUGAUUGUUUUAGUCAAUUGUUAUGUUUUGUUUUUGUUUUUAAUUCUUAUAGCGUUUUAUAGUGUUUUCAGUGUUUUAUUGUACAAUGUUUUAUGCUGAUUUUUUUGUUGGAAACCACCCUGAGUCCCUUUCGGGAGAGAGGGCGGUAUACAAAUAAACUUUUACUUACUUACUUA